AUGGCCAAGCAAAUCAUUCGAUUGAUCACCGCUGUUGGUGAGACGGUGAACAAUGAUCCGAUUGUUGGCGACAAGUUGAAGGUUGUUUUCUUGGAGAAUUAUCGUGUGUCAAUGGCUGAGAAGAUCAUCCCGGCAGCUGAUCUCUCGGAGCAGAUCUCCACCGCUGGAACUGAGGCUUCGGGAACGGGCAAUAUGAAGUUCAUGUUAAACGGCUCUCUCACAAUUGGUACUCUUGACGGAGCAAAUGUUGAAAUGGCUGAAGAAAUGGGCAUGGAUAACAUUUUCAUCUUUGGAAUGAAUGUCGAAGAAGUUGAAGCACUCGAAAAAAGAGGAUAUAAUGCCGGGGAAUUUAUUGAGAAAUGCCCGACAUUGAAACAGAUUGUCGAGCAAAUCGAAGGUGGAAUGCUGACACCUGAGGAGCCGGGACAACUCAAAGAUGUGGCCAAUAUGCUUAGGCAUCAUGAUCGCUUCAUGGUUUGCGCCGAUUUUGAUGCUUACGCGAAAUGUCAAGAUAAAGUCGCUGAAACGUAUCAAGAUCAAAAAAAAUGGAGUCGAAUGGCGUUGAUGAACAUCGCAUCGACAGGAAAAUUCUCGACAGAUCGCACGAUUUCUGAAUACGCUCGUGAGAUCUGGGGAAUCGAGCCAAACGUGGAGAAAUUGCCGGCUCCAUACGAAGGAGUGCCUGGCACGGAGAACGAGACAAAAGAA